CGGAGAGGGAGCUAGAGACUCUUCUCCAGCUCCAGCUGCCAUCCUACUCCUGCUCCUGCUCCUCCCCCUCCUCCUCCUCCACCACCAGAACCACUUCUCUUUCUCAUCACAUCCAGAGCAUUUCGGAGAUGUGAGGAAUAGGAAGAGAUCGGUGAUAUUGAGCAGCCUGUGCAUUGACACGACCUCUUGACCUCAUCUUCAGCAUGAAUGGUGAUAUGCCUCAUGUUCCCAUCACUACUCUUGCUGGAAUUGCUAGCCUGACAGACUUGUUGAACCAGCUGCCCUUACCUUCUCCUCUCCCUGCCACCACUGCUAAGAGUCUGCUCUACAAUGGAAGGAUCUCCGAAGAGGUCAGCAGCCUGCUGGUGUGUCGGGACGAGAAUCUGGUGACUCAGCUGGCACAGAGCCUUAACCAGGUCUCCACUGAACACAUAGAGUUGAAGGACAACUUGGGGAAUGAUGAGCCCGAGGGUGACAUGCCAAUGCUUCUCCAAACCCUGCUGUCCAGGAACCCCAAAAUCUUCAGGGACAAAAGUGUAAUGCAGCAGCCAAUGAUGCAACAGUAUAAGAUGUCUCAGAAUCAGAUGCAUGGGAGUCCAGGAUCAAAUUAUCAGCAAACCACUGUCCCUCAAAGCCCCUCUGGAUGCUUUACAUCCCCGCAGUCUGGAUCAGGUACCCGGUUCGUACCCCAGCAGAACAGCCCUAUACCUAGUCCCUAUACCCCUCAGAGUCCUACAGACUACAUGCAGUACAAUCCACCAAGUUAUUCUCAACACCAACAGUCUCAGCAAGUUGCUGGUGGUGUGAGAAAUAUCCAUGACAACAAGGUCUCUGGACAGCUAUCGCGUAACUCAUCUCAUCACAAUGUGAGACUCUCGGAUGAAGACUACAUGAACAUGGCACACAGACUGGGAAAUGAGGAGAAUGACCCCUCUAUGAGGGCGGCCACGUUUCCAGUUAAAUCACCACAGUCUGUGUGUUCCUCAGCUGGGAGUGACGAAGCUGCAAGAACAGCAUCCAGGCCCCCCCUAAUCAUGCAGUCGCCGCCACCUGAUGGGCCACAAGGUGCAGCACCUGACCUGCUCCUCACCUCUGCUGACCGCAAAAAGAAGCUGAAAGAAAGGUGUAAAGAAGAAAAUGAAGAGGUGGAUAAAAACACUUUGCACGGCAUUGUUAGUUCUCCAUCAAAAGACUCUGCCAGGCUGACUUUAAAACUUCAGACUUCAGACAUGGAUCAACCUGGAGAACUUCCUCCCAGGGCACAUAUCGACUCAGGCCACGAAACCGAUUUGCAGAUUAAUAAUAAUCAGUCGUUAAGGAUUGCCCAGGACUUGUCGCACAAGUUAGGUGCUGAGGAGCACGCAAACUGUCAGCAGGUUCUUGUUCGCCCAAAUAUCAAGGACUCUGGAGUCGUCAGCGGGCUUGUGUUUGAUGAUGCUGAGAUAGACACACUUGCAGAGAUCGAGAGAAUAGAACGCGAGUCAGCAAGUGAGAGAGAACGGUGGUCUAAAGAAGUCCAGGAUAAAGAUAAGCCACUGAAGAAACGGAAACAAGACUCGUAUCCUCAGGAAUCUGAGUCAAGUGAUGUGCCUGCUGUACAAGGUAGCAACACUGACAGCAAGUUGACACCCAAGAAGACGAAUGCUGCAAGUAACGGUGCCAGUCGGCCUGCUUUGAUGGUCAGUAUUGAUCUGCAGCAAGCUGGCAGAGUGAUAGGACAGCCUGUGGUGGUGCUGGAAACACCGCAGUUGUGUGACGGCCACCUACGGCAUAUAAAGUCAAAGACUGACGGGAAGGUGGAUAAAGUUGUUGAAAACAGACCUGGGAUCAUCAAACAGCAUGCCAACAACCCCAGGAAGUCUGGCUCAGAUGGGCAAACAGAAACCCCUAAACAGAAGCAGGAAAGACGGCGCGAAUCCAAACACAGACAUGACGGCAAAACUGAGGGCGGCAAGGGACACUCAGAUGACAGACGGCCAGAUGCACCACGGCAGAAACAUGACAGGCAAUCAGACUCGCGCCACAAAGAGGAAAAGAAUAACAGCAGUCACCGAUCCCAUGUCCACCAAACUAUGACUCCAAAAACCAUGAGCAACGCUGAGCGUAACUCCAGACAUGGAGAAGACAAAGUCAGGGAUAAAAAUAAGGAUAAGGAAAGAGAUAGACACAGAGAUAAAGAUAGAGAUAGAGACAGAGACAGAGAUAAAGAUAGAGACAGGGACAGAGACAGAGAAAAAGAUAGAGAUAGAGAUAAAGAUAGAGACAGGAACAGAGACAGGGAAAAGGAAAGGAAACACAAGAUGUCAAUGGAAAACUGCAAUAGACAUUCUCUUGACCGGCAUAGUAAACCUGACAACCCCAGAGUGAAGCAAGACGGAAGCAGAAAAUCCACUGACCUCAAUGGUCGACAGAGGACAGAGAAUUCCAGCCUUCAAAACACCCAAAAUAAGGAAGAGAGAAGAAGUGGGGAUGGCAGCAUUAGCUGCCUAGCUAGAAACAAACAGCAGUCUUUUGAGACAAAGCCUGGCCAGCUCCCCUCGUUCCUGCUGAGUGGCAGGUCAGGAAGUCUGAAGAACUUUGUGAUUCCUAAAUUGAAACAGGAGGGCAGAGAUCCUCCACGUCCAAGCAAAUUGAAAGAGAGCCUCACCCAACCCCUCGUCAGGCUGGAGAGAGUGUCGUUGAUAGAGAACUUGAACAAAGGAGCCAAACCAGUCGUUGUGCUUCAGAAACUCAGUAUUGAUGAGGUGAAAAGGAUCAUUGGGGAAAGCAGGAAUGCACACAGCUCCAAAUCCAGGAAGUGGUCGUCCUUUGACAAAUCAGAGAGAGAGAUGUCACUUUGUGAGGGGACAAACAAGCGAAAGCACGGAAUGAUCAGUAAGAGAUCCAAGUACGCUGAGGCGGACUCGACUGAAGAUGAAGACGAUGCCUCUGACAAUGAGUAUCCACGGAAAAAGUGCAAGAAAGAUCACAACAAGGCAUGGCGACACGAAGAGAGGAGAGGUUCUGGAGAGCAUCGGCGAAGCGGAGGGCCUCAAAAUGCUCACCGGGGGUCCGGCAGCCGCCACCGCGAACGGGGCCCUGACGAUUCAAGCGAGGGCUCCCCACCACCAAACCUUAGUGAUGUUGCCAGAAGAUUGAAGAAAAAGGAGAAACAGAAAAAAAGGAAGGCGUACGAUUCCAAGCUGUCACCAGAUGAAUUUAUGGACUCUUCCACAUGUAAGAGAUUCGCGGCCAGUUUGGACAACAUUCUUGAGAACCUUGAGGACGCUGACCUGACUGCAGCAGAUGAUGAAGAGAUACCUGAAGAACUCUUGCUUGGAAAGCACCAGUUGAGCGAGCUAGGCAGCGAUUCUGCUAAGAUUAAAGAUAUGGGUAUCUUUAACAAGUUUCCGUCUGAGAAACUGGUAAAAAUUUUGAAUAUCCUGGAGAAGAACAUUAAAGACAGUGUCAAACUUUCCACAUUAAUGAACCACGGUAACGAUUCCAUGGAGGAGGAGCGGCUGUGGCGUGACCUUAUCAUGGAGCGGGUGACUAAGUCUGCUGACGCCUGUCUAACUGCACUCAACAUCAUGACAUCUCCACACAUGCCCAAGGCUGUUUAUAUCGAAGACGUAAUUGAGAGGGUGUUGCAAUACACCAAGUUCCAUCUGCAAAACACUUUGUACCCCCAGUAUGACCCGGUCUACAGAAUGGAUCCCCAUGGAGGUGGCAUGCAUACUUCAAAGUCCAAGAGGGCAAAGAGUUCCACCCACAAACAGAAGGUGGUAGUCUUUCUCUACAACAAAGUGUGUGAUAUCGUCAGCCACAUUUCAGAGCUCCUGGAGAUCCAGCUGCUAACCGACACCACUAUUCUCCAGGUGUCCACCCUGGGUAUUACACCAUUUUUUGUGGAGAAUGUCAGUGAGCUGCAAUUAUGUGCCAUCACACUAGUGACAGCAGUGUUCUCUCGUUAUGAAAAGCACAGGCAGCUCAUUCUCGAAGAGAUCUUCACCUCCCUGGCUAGACUUCCUACUAGUAAACGCAGCCUCAGGAACUUCAGGCUAAACAGCAAUGAUUCGGACGGAGAGCCGUUGUAUAUCCAGAUGGUCACAGCACUGGUUUUUCAGCUCAUCCAGUGUGUGGUACACCUUCCCUCAGAGAGGGACGCAGAGGAUGAACAUAAUAAGAAGGUGGAUAAAGAUGUCUUCAUCACAAACUCGUAUGAAACUGCCAUGAGGACAGCUCAGAACUUCCUAUCAGUGUUUCUCAAGAAAUGUGGCAGUAAGCAGGGAGAGGAAGACUACAGGCCUCUGUUUGAGAACUUUGUUCAUGACUUGCUGUCUACAGUCAACAGGCCUGAGUGGCCUGCAGCUGAACUGCUGCUCAGUUUACUGGGCCGGCUGUUGGUGCACCAGUUCAGUAACAAGCAGACAGAAAUGGCACUCAGGGUGGCAUCGCUGGACUACCUCGGUACUGUUGCGUCUCGCCUGCGCAAAGACGCUGUCACUAGCAACAUGGACCAAAAGGCUAUCGACCGCAUCCUCAGAGAGACUCCCGGUGGUGAUGAAAUCCAGCAGCUCCAGAAGGCCUUGUUAGGCUACCUAGAUGAGAACAUUGAGACGCAUCCAUCUCUGGUGUUUGCCAGGAAGUUUUAUAUUGCUCAGUGGUUCAGAGACACUACAAGUGAGGCAGAGAAAGCGAUGAAGACUGGGAACGAUGAGGACUUUAAAGGUCGACAUCAUUCCGCAGAUGUUGACUCGACUGCAGAGAUCAUGCAGAGGUCCGAGAUACGGAAGAAGUUUCUCCGCAAGGCCAUCAAGGCAUCAUCAUCAUCACAUUUCAGUUCUCUGAGGUUAAACUCUGACUCAGUGGACUAUGAGGACUCCUGUCUGAUUGUCAGAUAUUUGGCCUCCAUGAGGCCGUUUGCACAGAGCUUUGAUAUUUAUUUAUCACAGAUUCUGAGAGUGCUGGGUGAGAGUGCCAUUGCAGUCAGAACUAAAGCCAUGAAGUGUCUGUCUGAAGUAGUAGCUGUGGAUCCAAGUAUUCUGGCACGGUUGGAUAUGCAGCGUGGGGUUCAUUGUCGCCUUAUGGACAACUCCACCAGCGUUCGAGAGGCAGCUGUGGAGCUCCUUGGCCGUUUCGUGCUCAGUCGUCCUCAGCUCAUUGAGCAGUACUAUGACAUGCUCAUUGAAAGGAUAUUGGACACAGGUAUUAGUGUGAGGAAGAGGGUCAUUAAGAUCUUGAGGGAUAUUUGCCUGGAGCAGCCGGACUUCCACAAGAUCACUGAGAUGUGUGUCAAGAUGAUCCGAAGGGUCAACGAUGAAGAGGGGAUCAAGAAACUGGUGAAUGAGACAUUCCAGAAACUCUGGUUCACCCCCACACCCAGUCAUGACAAAGACGCCAUGACCCGGAAGAUCCUGAACAUCACAGAUGUGGUCUUGGCAUGUAAAGAUUCAGGCUACGACUGGUUUGAGCAGCUUCUCCAAAAUCUGCUUAAGUCAGAAGAGCAAGCAUCGUACAAACCAGCCAAGAAGGCCUGCGUUCAGCUGGUGGACAAUCUGGUGGAACACAUUCUGAAAUAUGAGGAGUCUCUCGCAGACUGUGAGGACAAAGGGGUGAAUUCAGGUCGUCUGGUUGCAUGCAUCACCACUCUCUACCUGUUCAGCAAGAUCAGAGCACAGUUAAUGGUCAAACAUGCCAUGACUAUGCAGCCCUACUUGACCACAAAGUGCAAUACUCAGAAUGACUUCAUGGUGAUAUGUAACGUGGCUAAGAUCCUGGAGCUCGUUGUGCCUCUGAUGGAGCAUCCAAGCGAGACUUUCCUCACUACCCUAGAAGAAGACCUGAUGAAGCUCAUCAUCAAAUAUGGCAUGACGGUUGUACAACACUGUGUAAGCUGUCUUGGUGCCGUUGUCAACAAGGUCACGCACAACUACAAGUUUGUUUGGGCUUGUUUCAACCGUUACUAUGGAGCUCUGGCCAAACUGAAGACACAGCACCAAGAGGACCCCAACAGCUCCACUCUGGCUGCCAACAAGCCUACUCUCCUGCGUUCCCUGUUUACUGUGGGGGCUCUCUGUCGACACUUUGAUUUUGACCAAGAGGAGUUCAAGGGUGCUAACAAGAUUGUCAUCAAGGACAAAGUGUUGGAGCUUCUAUUGUACUUCACCACUCACGAAGAUGAGGAGGUCCAGAUCAAGGCCAUCAUAGGUCUAGGUUUCCAGUUCAUCAUGCACCCAGAGCUCAUGUUUGUGCAGGAUGUGAAGGUUCUGUAUAACAGCACCCUAUCAGAUGAAACCAGUUUGGUCAGCCUAAAGAUCCAGGUGCUAAAAAACCUGCAGACAUACCUACAAGAGGAGGACUCUCGGAUGCAGGAGGCUGAUCGCGAAUGGAAGAAUCAAGCCAAGCAGGAGGAUCUAAAAGAAAUGGGGGACAUCUCAUCAGGAAUGAGCAGCUCCAUAAUGCAGAUCUACCUGAAGCAGGUGCUGGAGUCCUUCUUCCACUCGCAGUCCACAGUUCGGCACUUUGCCCUGAGCGUCAUUACGUUGACUCUCAGCCAGGGCCUCAUCCAUCCUGUACAGUGUGUGCCCUACUUAAUUGCCAUGGGAACAGACCCCGAGCCAACCAUGAAGAACAAGGCCGAUCAACAGCUGGUGGAGAUUGACAAGAAAUAUUCAGGCUUCAUCCAUAUGAAGGCUGUCGCAGGGUUGAAGAUGUCUUACCAGGUACAGCAGGCCAUAGAUGGAGCCAAAGGCGCGGUGGUGCGAGGUUUCCGUCACGAUGACUCAGACUCUGCUCUCUGCUCUCAUCUCUACACAAUGGUCCGUGGGAACCGACAACAUAGGCGGGCUUUCCUCCUUUCCCUGCUUAACCUAUUCGAUGACAGCUCCAAAACAGAGGUGAACAUGUUGUUGUUCAUAGCAGACAACUUGGCCUGCUUCCCCUACCAGGCCCAGGAGGAGCCUCUCUUCAUCAUGCACCAUGUAGAUAUUACUCUGUCUGUCUCUGGUAGCAACCUGCUCCAGUCUUUCAAGGAGUCUUUGCGGAAAGAGCCUGUACAACGGGAGAAGAAGAUGAAGAAAAAAAAGAAGAAGAAGAAGCACCAUCGGAGGAGAAAAUACAGCUCUGAUGAUGAUGAUGAUGAUGAAGAGAGCAGUAGCGAAUCCAGCAGCAGUGAUGAGGACGAUGAGGUGGUCCAUAGGGGAAAGAAGUCUGUGGUUUCAGACGCCGACUCUGACAUGGAAGAUGAGGAUGCAGUGAUGGACCGCCUGCCUGAAAAUCCCAACCCUCUGCUGGACUUUGCCAGUGCCUCACAGGGUAUUCUGCUGCUGCUGGUGCUCAAACAACAUCUGAAGAAUCUCUAUGGCUUCUCAGACAGCAAAAUCCAGAAGUAUUCACCCACGGAGUCUGCCAAAGUGUACGACAAGGCUGUGAACAGGAAGUCUAAGGUGCACUUCCACCCUCGUCAGACACUGGAUUACCUGAAGAGUCAUAUGGCUGACAUGGAUCUCAGCUACGAGACCAAAAGGAAUAUUGUGAAACAGUAUUUGGACUUCAAGGUACUGAUGGAGCACUUGGAUCGUGACGAAGAGGACGAGGAGGGUGAAGCAAGUGCCAAUGCCAGAAACAAAGCCAUUACUUCACUGCUGAGUGGCUCAAAACUCGGGAACCACAACCACAAUAAUCACACUGCUCCAAUGGAGAGCGAUGAGGAGGAGAGUGAUGAUGAAGAUCCCGCUGCGCGGAAACCAAGGAAAGGCAGGGAUUCCGCAGAGGAUUCAGGUCACAUGAAUGAAACAGUGGAGGCCAUGGACGUUGUUGCCAUCUGCCGUCCCAAAUACAAAGACAGACCGCAGAUUGCCAGGGUCGUCCAGAAGACCAAAAAUGGCUACAGCAUACACUGGAUGACCGGCUCCUACUCUGGGCCCUGGGCUGUGGCAAAGAAGCGGGACGGUCGCAAAAAGGUGCCUUGGGUUGACACUAUCAAGGAGUCAGACAUUAUUUACAAGAAAAUAUCCUUGACAAGCGGACACAAGCUGACGAACAAAGUGGCACAGACGUUACGGGCGCUGUAUGCCGCCAAGGAGGGGACUAAGAGUUAAUCAUCUGAAAUUAUUCAGGCAGAAAUCGCUCACAGCCCAGAUCUAUGUGGGUCCAACAUGUUAAAGAGAGAAGAUGGACGUGGUUUAGGAAAAAGUAUGGAGAACACAGGUCUGUUUGACUACAGACCUGUUUAAGUUAAACACAAGAAGGAAAUCAUUGUGUGGGAGUUCCUUCGCUGUUGUGCAGCAGCCUCGUUGUUUGAUUUUUACUCCCACUGUAUCAUUGUUUAACUAAACACAUGUUUAUAUCUGAACAUAAUUCUGUAAAAAGAAAGAAACUGAAUGUUGGAAAUUAGUGUAUUGAUGAUGUUCUUAAUAAAGUGUUUUGGAGUUUAAACUAGCACCAGAUGGAUUUAUUCACUUGACCUGAGCUCCAACAACUUUUAACUUUCUUUUUUUUUCUUGUUUGUUUACCCACACUGUGUAAUGGAGUAUCUUUGAUAUAAUUUAUUUAUGUUAAAAGCAGUGCAGUAUCUGUGCCUAUAUGCAGGGGAAGUUAUAUUGUUUUUAAUAUAGAUUUUGAUGUUAUAGAACACAGAGCAAGAAAAAAGUGAUCCCCCGCUCUUCUGGUGGAACAAAUACUGCAAUAAAUUUUUCUUAUG